CACCCAGUACGUCAGAAGUUCAAGGAACCUCAUGGGGAACAACGGGAGCAGCGCUACUGGAGCUCGCGCGGGCGAGUGGAAGGGCCCUUUUAGCGACGAAGAGUAUGAAUGUCUGAAGAAUAAGUUUGAUGGAACCAUCGCGACGGCUCCGUCCGACGCUGCUGCAGCUAAUCUGCAGAUGUGGUUGGAGCUGCCAAUCCCUGCUACAGCGCCGUCGGAAUUGACAGAGCCUUUCCGUCGACUGGGCGCUGCCUUCUACCAGUUGUGUUUGCAGACGAAGGAGGAUGGCGAGGCUAAUGCUGCAAAGCUGCAAAUGGUGAACUUCGCACAAGGAGUGGCACAAUGUGUUCGAGCAUCGUCACAGGCGAUCUGUCGGGCAUUGUUCCGGCUGUUUGCAUCGAAUGCUCAAGCCACUGCGAUGACAGAACAAGAGCUGAGCCAUAUGAUGUUUGCCUGCUUGAUCAUGGCUGAAGGUGGAGAAGUAGAAGAUGUGGAUCGGAUGGCGCAUGUAGCAAAGACUCUUGCUCGUGCUGCGAUGCCACCAUCGGCGGGGUCUACCCAGGCGUCCAGCGACGACUUUGUCCGAUGGGUUGGAGCGCAGUUCCCUCUUCUCUACACCAUUUUCAUGUCGUGGAUGGCGCGCAAGUGUUUCGAGUCCCUGACCAAGGCAUCAUAUGAAGCCCCACAGUUGUCCCACAAGAGCGGUAUUUUAUCCAGAUCAUACUUUGUGGCGUUAUCCACAGUGACGACGUCACUCCAGACACCGCUUAGCCGACUAUACACAAGCGCGCAGGAUGGAUUGAGCUUCAACCGCCUGAGCUACCAUAUUCUAGGCUACUCUGGCCCGACACUGACGAUCAUUCGAGACACCCAAGGAGCCGUGUUUGGUAUGUUCUGUGAUACCGAGUGGAAGGAGUCAAGCCGCUAUUACGGAGGCAACGGAUGCUUCCUUUUCCGACUGGCACCGGAAAUCGCCAUUUAUCGAGUAUCUGCAAGCGGGGCCAAUGAGAACUACAUGUACCUGAACUCGAAGGGUUUCGCGUUACCGCGUGGACUCGGCAUGGGUGGGUCGACAGACAAAUUUCGGUUGUUCCUGAGCGAAGAUCUGGAUGAGAACAGCUACACGACCGCCAAGUGUUUGUCCUUUGAGCCAGGUCGUUUGUCAUCCAGUGAGCAGUUCGUGAUCGAUGCCAUGGAGGUGUGGGGAUGUGGUGGAGAGGAAAGUGAACUUAGCCAGAAGGCCCAUCGCCAGGAAACAGCAGACCUGAUCAACCGCGCACGGAAAGUUGACAAAGCCCAGUUUGUUGGCAAUGACUUCGACAAAGAAAUGUUCCUGGGCAAAACGUUUGGACACGGAACGGACAAAGCUCGGAUCGCUGACGACGAGCAGUAAGACCAUGGAUUUUAAGAGGAGCAGAGCAUAUUUGUGCAGUUAUAUCAUCAUGGAAGCUUCCUCACAUUUUCAAACUUGCGGAACUAAUUAGAAUUAUCAAACAUUCGAUGGCACUACUCGCCCAUAUCAGCGUCGUCACUCCCUUCUCCAUCAACAUCGUCCAUAUCCUCUUCAUCAGAGUCGACGCCAUCCUCAUCAUCGUCCUCUCCAUCAUCAUCUUCAUCUCCUUCCUCGCCCAGAUCAUUCUCGUCGUCACCAUUAACAUUUUGAUCGUAAUGGCAACGACGUGGGCCGUCCAGGACGUUACAGUUCUCCUCGUCGUGGAAAUCGCCGCGGAAGGUGCUACAAACUCGCAGUUUCCCUUGCUUGGUACCAUACAGGAACCCCCCACCGCAAAUCGGGCUGAACAGCGCAAUGUUAACAUCGUCCAUGGCACUUUCCACAUGCGACAACAACGCCAUGUCUUCCCAUCGAUAAAUACGAGUUACGCGAUGAACUGGGAACUCCGUCUCACUAUAAUAUACAGAAAAGUCAGUGGCCAACAGAAUCGAGAAGUAAAACCAAGUAGCUCGUAACUUACCGUUGUAUGCGGUCUCGUACUCCAUAGCCAAGUAAUACAUAAGCUGAUGUAGGCG